CAUUGAGUAUGUUGGAAAAGAAAAGAGAAAAAAAAAUAGAAAGAAAAUAAGAAAAUUAUUAGAAAUAUGUUCAAUAGAUUAUAUUUAUUAAAAAGUAAAUAUCGAGAUUAACUUUCCUUCGUGUGGUUUCUACAAAGAAGUUGUAUCUAAUAAAAACGAUUAUCCACCCUAAAAGCAAUAAGCGCGCAUGUAUGAACGAAAUCAAGUUGAUGGCACGCGCGUCUAGUGAAUGAACGGGUGUAUGUGUGUGUGUAUGUGUCUGUGCUACUGACGCAUAUUCGUUCAAUCCUUCUUCAUUCUCUCUCAACAGUUUUCCAAGUCGAACGCUCGCAAUAUUAACAGACCGAGACAACCGCUAAUCCUCAACCACAUUAUUUUCACCGUUGCAAACAUGAUAUCUCUCUUUCUCUCUUUUCCUCAUGUUUAGAAUAUCUAAAAUCUUGAAAAAAAAUCUGUUAAAGCGACUGAAAAUUAAAUCAUUUCUAAUAUCAAUGUAAUAAUGAUAGUAAUAUACAUAUAUAUGAUGUUUGUAUGAGCCAUACUUUUUUCCGCGGAAAUUAAAAAAAAAAGAAAAGAAACAACUAACCUGGAUCUCUAAGAUAAGCAGAAAAGGAGAAAAAAAAAGAAAAAGAAAUGCAAGACUUACCACAAACCACGGCGAAGAGAGGACUCGGACAAUCGAGAUAAAGAGUUACGUUUAGGUCAAUCGAUAAUGAGCUUAAGGUGGAUUCACGAGAAUUUGGAAGCUCCGACCUGCGACGAGGAGUGCAGUGAUAUUGAUGACAGUUGCAGCGACGACAGUUACGACACCGAUCUGUCACUUUGCAAGAAGGACGCUGCAACAAUUGAGGACGAGAAGAAGGGCUUGAACAGCGAUUCUCGUAAACAGAAACGAGAAACGAGGAAACAUCAGAACACUAUAGUUACCUUCGAUGAAAACAGUCAACAAUCACGAUACGAGACAUCCAAGAUUAUGUACACCCUUUCACCCUACGUAAUAUGGGAUCCACGGCAACCAGCAGAAAACCCAAUUUAUAAUUCUCUCGUCAUAAAACUUUACUGUCGUACUGGUUAUCACCUCGCAAUCACGUCAACUGGCAAAGUUCGAGGCUUACCCGGAACGAACGAGACAGAUGCUCUUCUACACGUAACACCGGUCUCCUUUGGAGUUGUACGAAUACAGGGUGUCGAGACACAACUAUAUCUUGCAUUCAAUAAAAAGGGCUACUUAUAUGGAGAGUCCAAUAUGAACAAGGACAAUACUGAAUGGGAACAAUGGUCUGUUGGAUCUUACGAUGCGUUUCGAUCACGCAAAUACGUAAAUUUUGGUUGGUGGAUCGGUAUAAAGAAAAACGGACGUACAAAAUCUGGUCCGAGAACGGUGUGGGGACAAAAAGCUAUACAAUUUUUAGCAAUAAGACAAGAUCAGCAAGAUUAACCGCAUGAGACGAUAUUUCUUUUUUGUUUUUUUCUUUUAAUUAACUUCUACGCUUCGAAUUAGAUACGCAAAGGAAUUUUAGGAAAUCGAAAAAAAAAAAAGAAAAGAAGAAGAAUAAGAAUAAAAAAGAUACGCUUCGCGUAAUCCAAUAGAAUAUAAUGUUUAUUAUAACACUGUGUUACUCAACAAUGGAAUAGUUUGAGAUUGUGCAUUUUGCUUGUGCCCUC